UUCAUUCCUUCGUUGUUCGGUAAGCGCGGAUCGCGCGGGUGGACGAGAGAUUAUCGCGGCGAUCGCUUCGCCGAUGAUCCGACGACCACCAGCGGCCGAUCAACGUCGCCAGCGAUGACCGUGUCCGAUAACGCCAAGGGGUUCGCGCUCGCCCUCUCGUCCAGUGCCUUCAUCGGGGCUAGCUUUAUUUUGAAAAAGUUUGGCCUUCGCCGUGCGGCAUCCCGUGGCGCAGCUGCGGGAUUUGGUGGUUAUGGGUACCUGGUAGAGCCGUUGUGGUGGGUCGGGAUGAUCACCAUGAUAUUUGGGGAGAUUGCCAAUUUCGUCGCUUAUAUGUUUGCGCCGGCGGUGCUGGUGACGCCGUUGGGAGCUUUGAGCAUCAUAGUGAGUGCGGUUUUGGCACACUUCCUUUUGAGGGAAAAGCUUCAAAAGUUGGGUGUGUUGGGAUGCAUCUUAUGCAUAGUUGGCUCAACAGUCAUUGUUUUACAUGCCCCAGAAGAGAAGACUCCAAGCUCAGUGGAUGAGAUUUGGUCUUUAGCUACACAACCGGCCUUCCUUUUCUACACUGGUGCAGCAGUUGCAGUGUCGCUUGUUUUGAUGUUGCAUACUGCACCGCGAUAUGGGCAAUCAAACAUUAUGAUUUACUUAAGUAUAUGCUCUAUCAUUGGAUCUUUGACGGUAAUGAGUAUAAAGGCCGUAGGUAUUGCAAUCAAACUUACUAUUGAGGGCAUCAACCAAGCUGGUUAUUUCCAAACCUGGGUAUUUGUCAUGGUUGCGGUCUCUUGUAUUGUCAUUCAGUUGAAUUACUUGAACAAGGCAUUGGAUACUUUCAAUACUGCAGUGGUUUCUCCCAUCUAUUAUGCUAUGUUCACAACUCUCACAAUUUUUGCAAGUGCCAUAAUGUUCAAGGAUUGGUAUGGACAAGAUGCAAGUAAUAUUGUAUCGGAAAUUUGUGGACUUGUCACCGUACUCUCAGGGACAAGUGUGUUGCAUUCUACAAGAGAACCGGAUCUCCCAACUUGUACAGAUCCAUACACUCCGCUUUCUCCUAAAAUUUAUUGGCAUAUCCGAGGGAACGGUGACUUAGGAAAAUACAAAGACGACUUGUUAUCUCCGGACUUCAUCACUGUCGUGCAACAAGACUAUUUCACAUAGAAUGAGUUGGUUGUGAGCCUUUCACAGGUUCUGAAAUUUUUGUAGUUGUUUCUCACAAGCGGUCUCAUUCAUUUGCUGUAUUCCUGCCAGUUUACUUGUAGCAUUCUUCUCUGCAGGAUCUGAUGAGAGAGUUUUUACUGUUGUUCUUCUAGUCCAGGUGAAUGUCUAUUGUACAGUAAGGAACCUAUUUAUAUUGUAAUUGAUGAUUGAUAUCAAUAUUUAGUGUAAGUCCUCUGCUCUGUUUUAUCCAUGUAAAUUCUAGCCCAAAUUCAGUCACUUAUUAUUGUUCUCAGUUCAAUUUA